AUGAAUCGACAUUUUUCGCUUCCUCCACCACGUCAGGACCAACUGAGUCCACCUUCCUUACCUCGUUCACAACAACAGGAAGUGAAUCGACUUUCCUCGCCUCUUCCACCACGUCAGCACCCGCUGAAUCGACCUUCCACACCCUCAUCCUCCACAUCACCAACUGAGUCGACUUUCCUGCCCUCCUCCACCUCAACAGCAACUGAGUCGACCGUCCUCCCUUCCUCCACCACCUCAGCAGCUGCAGAGUCAACGUCUCUCUCCUCCUUUACUACAUCAGCAGCAACAGAAUCUUCCUUCUUUCCCUCUUCCACCACGUCAGCACUCACUGAAUCGUCCUUCAAUCCCUCAUCCUCCACAACAGCAACUGAGUCGACCUUUUUCCAAUCCUCCACCUCCUCAGCAGCAGGUGAGUCGACAUCACACCACUCCUUCACUACUUCAGCUGCAACUGAGUCCACUUUCCUCCCCUCUUCCACUACAUCACAACCCAUUGAAUCGACCUUCCACUCUUCCUCUACCACUUCAGAAGUCACUGAAUCGACCUUCAACCCCUCUUCCACAUCAGAAGGAACCGUGUCGACCCUGCUGCCCUCUUUCACUACGUCAGCAGUGACUGAAUCGACCUUCCAUACCUCCUCCUCCUCCACAUCAGCAGCUGAGUCGACCUCACCCCACUCCUUCACUACCUCAGAAGCAACUGAGUCCACUUUCCUCCCAUCUUCAACUACAUCAGCACCCACUGAAUCGACAUUCCACACUGCCUCCUCCACUUCAGCAACUGAGUCGACCUUAUUCCAGUCUUCCACUUCCUCAGCAGGUGCUAAUUCGACAUCAUUCCCCUCCUUCACUACAUCAGAAUCAACAGAAUCCACGUUUCUUCCCUCUUCAACCACGCCAGCCCGUACUGAAACGACCUUCAACCCUUCCUCCUCCACAUCAAUAGCAACUGAAUCGACCUUCCUCUCCUCCACCACUUCAGCACCCACUGAAUCGACCUUCCACCCGUCUUCUACCUCUUCAGUAGCCACCGAAUCGACCUUCAACCCCUCCUCCACAUCAGAAACUGAAUCGACCGUCUUCUCAUCCUCCACCUCAGCAGCAAAUGAGUCCACCUUACGCCUGUUCUCCACCUCAACAGAAACUGAAUCGACCUUCCUCUCCGUUUCCACCACGCCAGAGGGCACUGCUUCGACAUUCAACUCUUCUUCCACAUCAGAAGGAAAUGAAUCGACCUCUUUCGCUUCCUCCACCACGUCAGGAUUAACUGAGUCGACCUUCCUUACCUCCUUCACAACAACAGGAAGUGAGUCGACUUUCCUCGCCUCUUCCACCACGUCAGCACCCACUGAAUCGACCUUCCACCCUUCAUCCUCCUCGUCCCCAACUGAGUCGACUUUCCUGCCCUCCUCCUCCUCAACAGCAACUGAGUCGACCUUUUUCCAAUCCUCCACCUCCUCAGCAGCAGGUGGGUCGACAUCACUCCCCUCCUUCACUACAUCAGAAUCAACAGAAUCCACGUUCCUCCCCUCUUCCACCACGCCAGCUGCUACUGAAUCAACCUUUAACCCUUCCUCUUCCACAUCUAUAGGAAAUGAGUCGACCUUCCUCUCCUCCACCACUUCAGCACCCACUAAAUCGACCUUCCAACCGUUUUCUACCUCUUCAGUAGCCACCGAAUCGACCUUCAACUCCUUCACAUCAGAAACACAAUCGACCGUCCUCUCGUCCUCCACCUCCUUAGCAAACGAGUCGACCUCACUUCUGUCCUCCUCCACCUCAUCAGUAACUGAGUCGACCUUCGUCUCCGUUUCCAUCACUCCACAAGGCACCGAAUCGACCUUCACCUCCUAUUCCACAUCAGCAACUGAGUCGACCGUCCUCCCGUCCUCCACCACCUCAGCAGCUGCAGAGUCGACGUCACUCUCCUCCUUUACUACAUCAACAGCAACAAAAUCUACCUUCUUUCCCUCUUCCACCACGUCAGUACUCACUGAAUCGACCUUUCACCCCUCCUCCAUCCCCGCAACUGAAUCGACCGUCCUCUCGUCCUCCACCCGAUCUGAGUCGACCGCACCUCAUUUCUCCACCUCAACAGCCAAUGAGUCAACCUUCAUGCCCUCCUCCACCUCAACAGCAACUGAGUCGACCUUUCUCGCCUUCUCCACUACGUUAGCACCCACUGAAUCGACGUUUCAUCCCUCGUCCUCCACAACAGCAACUGAGUCGACCGUCCUCCCGCCCUCUACCACCUCAGCAGCAACUGAGUGGACAUUCCUCUCCUCCAUCACAUCAGAACCUACUAAAUCGACCUUUCACCCUUCCUCUACCAUUUCUGGAGCCACUGACUCGACCUUGUAUCUCUCCUCCACAUCAGCAACUGAGUCGACCUUCUUUCCCUCUUCCAAUACUUUAGCAACAAGCGAGUCGACCUAUUUUCCCUCCAACACAACAUUAGCCACUGAAUCGACAAUCCUACCCACCUACACUAAUCCAUACACAGUCUCUGCCACCACUAAUCCAAUCACUAUCCUCUCCUCCACCACCACUGCAGUCACCCUCCCUUCCACCACCAUUAAUCCAAUUACUCUCCCCUCCUCCACCACCACUAAUCCAAUCACCCUCUCCUCUACCACCACAAAUCCAACUACCUUCUCAACCAUCAGAACAACUAAUUCAACUUUUCUCCCCUCCACCACAACCACCCCAUCCUCCACCACUACUACAGGAGCUACCCUCCCCUCUAACACAACGACCACCACUACAACAACAGCCUCCUCCACCACAACUACCACUAAACUCACCACUGGACUGGUCACCACAACAACUACUACGUCAACACGGCCCAGUCCGACAUCGACAUCGACUGGUGUUCCACCUGAGACCACGACGGUUCCUUCUGCCUGUAAUGAAGAGUACCUUCACGAAGUGGAAAUCAACCCCAACGUGAACCCUGUCAUCUCUGGUUGCAAUGUUACCAUGUUCGAACGCUGCCAGAGAGAUGUUGACGGUCAGCCUCGUUGUCUCUGUCUUUCUGGCUACCAGAAGACAUUGUGGGAUCCCGAUUGCAAAGAGAUAAAGCAGCACAAGAGCCAGGUGACCAUGCAGAACAAGCAGUGGAGCCUCGACUACUGCAACACCACCACCAACACCUACCUCACACUCCUCCAUAACAUGCAGCAACUGUACCUUGAGGCGGCCACCGAAGGCGACAUGCUCAACGAGUUCCAGGAAUACACAAACAUGGUGGUAUACCCUACGACGAACCCUGAGGCCUGCAACGCACAGCUCCACGCACCCAAUAUACUAAACACUGCCAAGAGACUUCAUGUCGAACCAGCAGUCACCACUUUCCCAAUAGCUAGGAGGAAGAGACGUCAUGUUCAACAAGCAGUCAUAACCCCAGCCACCAACUACUACUACACCAGCAGCUUGAGGAAGGCAAGAUUUAAAAGAUCGCAGUCAUCUGAAAGUGUGCAGCGAGCAGUAGGUCCACCUGAGCUGCUGAUGGUGUCGGGUGAGGUGGUGCUGAGGAAGACAGAUGAAUAUGAUAGCGAUUCCAACGACCAGCUGCAGGAAGCCAUCAUCGCUGUCCUCAGCAACACCACUAUUGCAGAGAAACUUGACCUUGAUGUUGUUGAUGUCGUAGUGGAUGAUUUGGAGUCCAAGCUGUGCGACAGUGGCGUAAAUUGCACCAACACCUAUGCCUCCUGCAUAGAUGAGUGGGACACUGCUCUCAAUGUGUCUGAGGGCCGUUGUCGCUGCAAGCAGAGCUACGUCGACUUGUCGCCAAACAAUGAAACCAACCCGGGAGAAAUCUGUGUUAUGCCCUGCAGCCCCAGUUUCUGUUACAAAGGCGGUCAGUGUGAGCUAGACAACAUAUACUUCACCCGCUCCUGCAGUUGCAAUGAGUGGUAUUACAAGGGACAAAAGUGCUCCACUGACCUAAGAGCUGUAAUAGGGUCGGUGGUGAGUGUUUUGAUCAUCGCAGUGGUGCUGGUCGGUGCUCUAAUUAUCUACAGAAGGCGCUCCAGGAAUUGGAACCUGGAUGAGGGGUCUCCUGCCUACCCUGACUCUGAAAUAGAUGGUGUGUACAACGGAGGCUACUGGACCCUCUCUAGGAACACCGAAUUGAUGUAUGAAAGCUUUGAGGAAAUAAGUCACGAGACGCCAACUGAUGUGGCCCUGACCAUCCCCCGCCCGAUCAUCGGGCGCCAGAUACCAAGGGACGUCCUACAGGACCCAGAAAUAAGACUAACUCGAGCCAGAAGUGACCCAGGUCACCCAGACUGGCAUACAUGUCAAAAUAUUCCUCGCCCUCGCCUCAGCUUAUAGGAAAUUUGUGUAUGAUUAAAUCGUCGCCCACUUCAUGAGUUGGCCUUGGCUCGUCUUGAGAUGGAUUUUGCUCCGAGUUUGAGUCUUCUCUACACAAGUUUCUCACCCUAAUUGGACAACUACGCUGAAGAUCAUUCAUAAAUAGCAAACUUUGUAUUGUUAGCCUCACUAGACAGUGUGAAUAAAAGAUGGUGCAGGCGGGGUAACGACUGAACAACGUGAAGGCGGAGUCAAGAACAAAAUUUUCGGAAUAUUUGCCCCAGAGUAGGACCGGCCUUCAAACUUAUGAAGCCUUGAGCUAUGCCGAUUUUAAGAGGCCCAAAAAUUUAUAUAAAUAAGUAAUAGUAAAAUAAGGGUAAAUAUUUUUAGGGUUUUUGCCCUCCUACAUUAUGGUGCCUUAAGUUGUAGUUUAGUUUGCUCAUGCUUAGAACAUAAGAACAUAAGAAAGAAGGAACACUGCAACAGGCCUACUGACCCAUGCGGAGCAGGUCCAUAUCCCCCCGGAA